AUGUCCGACGCCGGCGACCGACGACAAGCGCUUCGAGCAGGCUCUGCAUCGCAUAGGCACAGUGCCGGCAUCCUGACAAACAAGCCGAGAACGAAACCAGUCGCUGCCAUGCACGCAAGGUCAAGUGCUCGGGCGGCAAACCGUGCGUCAACUGCAGACAGCUGGAAUGCCCUGACGACUGUGUCUACCCCGCUCGAGACCGCCAAGUGCGGUUAUAUCGAGGAGCUGAUGGAGGAGAACGAGCGCCUGCGCGAGUCAAACCGCCACAGCCACUCCACCACUGCCCUCCCUUCUCCCAACACAGCUACUGCCACCGAGAACGAACAGCCUGUGGAUGCCUCUGAGAAUGACGAGGCAGAGCGCAACCCGUUGCUUGAGGAUCGCCCCUGGUUCUUUCCACUGAAUACUUCCGAGAUGCCCAUCCACAUUGGCGAGGCAGCCGACGCCGCGUUUGCAACACGCUUCCGCCAGGCCCUGUCCGACACCCCCCACAGGCAUAUUCCACGCACUCACUAUGUGACUGAUGAGGAGCUAAUGGCCUUGACUGACGUCGACUGCCAAUGGCCCAUUGCACCGCGGGCUCGCUUCUUGGUCAAGGUCUCUCUCAAUACCAUCUGUCAGCGCUUCCAUGCUAUCCGCAAGAGCGCUCUGCUCGAUGGCCUUGAAAUGGCAAUCCGCAACCCUACCGGCUGUGAUGAGCUUUUUAAGUGCAAACUCUGGGCUAUGUUUGCCUUGGGAGAGGUCUUCUCCACUCGAACAGUCUCUGCCCAAGGCUACUUCCCAGGUCUGCUUUACUUUGCCCGUGCGAGCAGGAUGCUGCGCGUGUUGGGAGAGCGGCCAAGGAUUGACUCGAUCGAGAUAUUGCUCCUUCUUUCAUUCUACUCUCUGACCCUGAACAGGCGCCAUGCUGCAUACUACCUGGCAAGCUCUGCAGUGCGCCUGGGCAUCGUCAUGGGUUUGCACCUGAGUGUGCCAGAACACCAGCUAAGCGAUAGAGGCGCAAGGGAGCAUCGUCAUCGCAUCUGGUGGACAGCCUACGUCUGCGAUCGCAUGUGGGCAUCAAAGCUUGGCCAGCCUGCUUCUAUACAGGACGAUGACAUCGAAGUGGACCUGCCAUCCUGCGAGGGACUGACUGGACCUGGAGCCGAUGAUUUCGGGGACCCCGACUACAUCAAUGCAAGUAUCCGUUUAGCGAGGCUGGCGACUCACAUCAUCGCCUCAAUUUAUAAACGAAAGGGGCAGCAUGGGGCGUUCUCUCAGAGAGUUCAGCAGGCAUUACGAAACUUGAGGAGUUGGGUCGAAGAAUUACCAAGUCACCUGCAACUCGACACAGACGAUUCUCUGCAAGUGAAGUCACGAACUCUCGUCUACUUGCACCUUUCCUUUAACCAAUUUGUCAUUCUUGCCACCAGGCCCAUUCUCCUUCACGUCUUCCGCACAUAUCGAGAAUCUCUACAAAUGCCAGCAAACUCCCCAACGCCACAAAUUCCCGAGACAGCUCGUGCACUUGCCGAAGCCUGCAUCCGCUGUGCCCGUCAUUCAUACCGGUUGCUCACCGAAUCUUGGAUUGAUGGCGCCUUUGCCACUUUCGGCUAUUUUGACACCCAGUAUCUUUUCUCCGCUGCUACAAUCCUGGCAAUCUCGAGUUUCCUGAGCAGCAAAGAUGCACAAAGUGACGGCGACCACUUUGAGACUGCAGCGCAGUUCCUUGGUCAGCUAAUGCAUAGUGGCAACUAUGCGGCCAAGGAGUUCUGCCGGCAUAUCGAUGCCAUGAGGCGGGUCAUGGAGGAGACGCGCGGUACCGAAUCCUUCGUCGUGGACCCAUUUGCGGCACAGGCUUCGGCGGCUGCGGGUGGUGCAGUCCCAAGCGAGGAAGUCCAGUGUACGUCAGGUUCGGUGGUGACGGCGGGGAUGGCGCUCGCAGAGCCCUCUCUGCAAGAGUUCCUGUCCCAGGGGCCAGACAUCGAUCUGAGGUUCAUCGACACAUCCUUGUACGAUGGAGGGCUGCAGAGCUUGUAUUGGCCGGACUUGCGAGGCGAACAUUGGAUGGCGGGUGGUCCGUGA